CAAAGGAACGUUUUCUAACGAACUAUGUCGGGUUUGAAAAGCGGAAUCAAAAUUUUGUUCUAUUUUAUUUAAAAACAGUGGAAAAUGUUGAUAUCCGACGGCAUAAAUCACGUUAAAUUACAAUCUAUUAUAGUGGGAGAACUAAAGAAAGCUGGAUUAAAGCAUCGUCUAAAGAAAAUUAUACUAAAAAGUGUCAAGGAUCACAAGACAGUAUUUGGAGCUCCACUAGUAAAAGUUCCAUCAUGCAGUGUUAUUUGCUGUGGGAGUACUUUGAGUGUUCCGAUGGUAGUCACCGAGAUGUCGACGGUGCUCCGAGCUAAUGCCCACAUCGAGGGUUUAUUUAGAAAAGCUGGCUCGCAAAACCGCCAAAAAGAUAUCAAGCGGUUACUUGAUGCCGGCGGCUGCGUAUCCGACGGUCACCACCCCAUAGAUGUGGCAAGUGUCUUGAAGCUGUACCUGAGAUGUUUGCCAGAGCCUCUAAUCAGUGCGGAGGUUCAAGAUUUGCUUCUAAGAUGCCGGCUAUCCGCAGGGGACGAUGCCCUCAGGCCUAUUCUCCACACUUUGCUCCUUCUACCAGUACUACAUGUCCAUCUUCUACAUUACAUUAUGGAGUUGCUGAACUUCAUUGCAUCUAGACACAAAGAUAACCUGAUGGACUCGUCCAACCUGGCCAUAGUCCUGGCUCCCAGCAUCAUGCCGCUGCCGGCCGCAGCAUCUGCCCAACGACUGGAACACCAUGUUGCACUUGUUAAGAUAUUCAUCGAAAACUCGCAACAUAUUGGCUUACUAACAGAGGAUCUCAUGACACAACUAGACGACGAUUCUGAUGUGUAUCUUGCAAGGAGAAAAAAAAGACGAAGUGGCUCUCUCAAUCGUGUAUUGAGUGGCCUUCGCAAAAUGGUGUCAGGCAGUGUGAACACACCUGCAACAGUCCGUGAGACUGCCAAAACUCCCGUUCUGAGCAAAUCCGCUGCCAAACGAAAGUUUGAUAGUUAUGAAGGACUUUCUACGAAAGCAAAGAAAGAAAUAACCCAAGGUUUGCCUCAGAAAGAACUGUCCUUCACACCUAUGAAAAUGGGUAUGGAACGCAAAAGACUACGACUUAGCUUAAUGGACGCCAGAAGUACUCCUAUCAUCAAUUCAGAUUUCAGCUCUCAUAAAAACUCAGAAACCAGUGUUAGCAGUGAAGACUUGCUGACUUCAUCUGAACAUCUAUUUAGUAAUCAUGACACAAUAGAUUUAUCACCAGACAUGAAACAGACAGACAAAGAUUACGUUAGGAUAUCCAAACAAGAAUACGAGGAAAUCAAAAGCAGAGUUUCAGCUAUAGAAAAUAGGCUAUCUAGAGAAUUCACCGACGUAAUACCGAGAGUCCAACCACUGCAACAAGUGCAAAAUGUUUACGAGCAAACCCUUGAAGAAGUCGCGAUGCUGAACUGUGCAGGUUCUGAUCAUUUAGCGCGACGUCUAAGCAAAGAACUGAAGAUUAGACCUAAUGAAGAAGCGAAAAUAAUUCGAUCUCCGAGUGCUAGGAAAAUUGGUUCCAUACGGCGGCGAUCUAAAGAAAAUAUAACAAAAAUCGUCAGGCAUAAAUCAUGGAAUGCAUCCUCACAUUCCCAAGCUAGUCAAAAUGGAGAUAGAUUUUACCCCUACGUAGGUUUGUCUCGUCGCAGCAGAACCAGCACUGCAAAGCCUGAUUUAGCUGUGCCUACUUCUACACCAAACAAUUGGGAUGAAUCAUUAUCUGAAAACUCACUCAACAAUUCAAAUUCCAACAAGAAGUAUCAAUUACGAAAAAGAGUUAGUCUCGCAUCCAAUUAUAAUUUAGAUAAAACCAUUGGGAAGCACCAACCUCGAAGGUCUUUGAAUUUAACAGCUGAAAACAGUUGGGACAAUUCUGAAAGUUCAAUGAAUAACACUAUGAAUUCGAGUAUGAAAUCGAUAAAAUCGGAUAUCAUGAGACAUUACCAAAACGUUGUUAACAGAAGUAAGUUGAACAAGCAAAGUCCGCAACAGCAAAAAUGGCGCAGUGCCGCUGCAUUCUUCAUGGAUAAAACGGGAGAAGUGGAAAGUACUAGUCAGACUGGACGACCGUCAGUGAACAAACUGCGUCGCCAGAAUGCCGGGGCUGUACUCGCGAAAGCCAAGCUUUUCGAGUCCAGUUCGGACAAGUCUUCAGAGAGGAAUGAGAAAACAGCUCAUACAGGGUUUGCUAGAAAACCUAGAAACAGUCAGCCAGUUAAACCAACAAAACUUGUAGCUCAUGUUAAACCCAAAGUACAGACUACCUGUCAUGAUGUAGCACCUAGUAUCCCAGCGAGGCUGCAGAGAGUGGUAGACGUAGCGCCGAGUGUGCCAGCACGUCCACAUAGACAGCUCAAUCUUCACACUAAAGAAGACGUCGAAGCAUGGCGGUUGAAUAGGAAAACCACGCCUAUAAAGAAAAUCACUUCACCUCCAAGUUCUCAGGUCAAGACACCUCAACAAACGCCAGCUCUGAGAAAACCUCUAUGCACUCCCAGGAAUAUACGAACUCCAGCUGCGAUCAACGACUCUCGAAAAAUAAAUACACCCAUGAAAGCUGUGCACAUUUCUCCCAGAAGACGGUCUCCGCGGCAAAAACGUUUUCUAUAGCAAAGGAAAAAGACUUCUGUUAUUUUAUAUCAGUUUAAUUUAAUUAAUAUAAUAUUAGAUCAGCGAAUAUUAGAUUUAAGUAAGUGUGAUUAAAGAAAUCAGUGGCCAUGUGUAAAUAGUAUUAUUAUUCUAAAUGUAAAUCAUACAUAAGUAAUCCGAUUGAAUUUUAAUUAAACAAGUUUACA